AUGAAACUUCGGCUCACUCCUUGGCGCCUGCCUGAUCCUCCAAAUCACCACAGGACUAUUCCUAGCCAUGCACUACUCACCAGACGCCUCAACCGCCUUUUCAUCAAUCGCCCACAUCACUCGAGACGUAAAUUAUGGCUGAAUCAUCCGCUACCUUCACGCCAAUGGCGCCUCAAUAUUCUUUAUCUGCCUCUUCCUACACAUCGGGCGAGGCCUAUAUUACGGAUCAUUUCUCUACUCAGAAACCUGAAACAUCGGCAUUAUCCUCCUGCUUGCAACUAUAGCAACAGCCUUCAUAGGCUAUGUCCUCCCGUGAGGCCAAAUAUCAUUCUGAGGGGCCACAGUAAUUACAAACUUACUAUCCGCCAUCCCAUACAUUGGGACAGACCUAGUUCAAUGAAUCUGAGGAGGCUACUCAGUAGACAGUCCCACCCUCACACGAUUCUUUACCUUUCACUUCAUCUUGCCCUUCAUUAUUGCAGCCCUAGCAGCACUCCACCUCCUAUUCUUGCACGAAACGGGAUCAAACAACCCCCUAGGAAUCACCUCCCAUUCCGAUAA